CUUUACCAUACCCUCAUUUCAAAUAUCACCUUUUGCUCUACUUGAACAGCAUGCGUCCCAGCACUACCGUCAUUGCAUCUUUCUUGGCCACUGUUCCUCUUGUUUACGGGAAACCAGACCCCAACAACAUCCUUCGUUCUGUCCCGGAGCUUUCCAUCCGUCAGGAUCUCCCAUCAAUGCCGCCUAUUCCUCAGUCAUGUCAAAAGACAUGUAGCUCCGCUGGUGCCAGCUCUCAGAGCUGUAGCACCGCCGACUGCGCGUGUACUGACUCCACCGCGAGCGGUAUAGAAACCUGUUUGAACUGUGUCAUCGCAGAAGAUAAGUCACAGACUGAUAAGGCUCAGAAGUUUAUGGACUUCUUCACAGACGGCUGUAAAACCUUGGGCAAGUCGGUCGGGGACAGAAAGUUGAGUGGCAAGAGCAGUGGUAGUGGCAAUGGCGGGUCUCAGUUAAAAGCGAGCCUCUUCAGUUCGGGUGUGCUCGGUGCUACUACGGGCUUGAUCGCUCUUCUACUCUAGGUUCUACAUGUACAUAGCUGGUCUCGUUUGGUUCUUUUAUCUAGUAUUGGCACCCUCAAAAUAUACCCACCUCUGAAAUAAUGGAAAUUGAC